AGGGAUUUUGGCUUAUAUUUCAUGAUCAUUUCUCCUCUUGUCUCGUUUCUCUUCAUCCUUUCUCUCUCUUUUCUUUUCUUCUUUCCUUCUUUUUUUUUCUUUCCAGUGCUUCCUUGUUCUUGUGUUAUCAUUUUACGAUAAACAACACAAGGACAUUGUCUCUCUCUCUUUCUCUUAUUUCACUUCAUCAGUAACUUUCCUUCAGUCACGGUUAUGAACGGCGAGCAUAAUAAUGUCCAUCCAGUUAUUGCACCCUGCUCCUAUUACGUUGAUGAUCAUCACGACGCCAUGGCUCUAGAAGAGGCCUAUUUUGCCGAUUAUGAUCGAGCGAUGGCGAACGCCGCUUUGGAAGCUGACUAUAAUGAUUAUUAUGUGAACCAUUAUCUCUGUGACGAAGAAGACGAUGACAUGAUGGAGGUGGAAGAAGAAGAAGAUGAUGAAGUACAAGGCGACGAAGAAGAGCCGGGUCUACUAGACGGUUACGAUUACAACAACGACUCGUUGCUUCGACUAAUUGUAGGCGUUCAGUCGUACCUUGCUGAUCUUUCCCAGGCUGGAAUGGAUAAACGCGAUUCUCCUUUACUGGAAUUACAAUAUAAAAUGUACACGUACCUGAGACAGCGAGCUUUCGAUAUGGGCUUGAAUCUCGAAACAAUUCUUCAAUGCUAGAUGCAUGAAUCCUCUCCCUAUGGAAACAUUCCACGAACAACAACAACAGCAACGAUAACAAUAACAAUAACAAGGUCAGCGGGUCGACAGCCAAGCUGAAGGACAAUGAAUAUAUUCAUACUUUUCUUCUUCUCCUUCUUUUUCUUAUUGUUCUUUUUUCUUGUGCUUCCCAUCCCUACCCCGCUGUCUCGUCUCGAUUCUCCUCAAAUUCCGUUUUCUAGUUUCUCCGUUCUCCUUUUUCAUAUUCUACUCAAGUGGUAACUGAGACAUAUCAAUUCCACGUUUCACUUUCCUCUUAUAUUCGUUUUAUUCUCUCCAUCCUUAUGAUUUUUUCCUUCCUCUUGUUUAUUUCAUUUCCCUUCUUUUUACAUAUAAAAUUUCUAAAAAAAAGUGCGACUGUUUAUAAUAUUCAAAAAAACUCAUAAUAAAUAUAACUUGCGAAAUAUAACAAUC